AUGGAGGUAGAAAGCGAAGCCAGCUGCUCCCCCAGCCGCGCAUCAGGCGGGUCCAGAGAGUACAAGGUGGUAAUGCUGGGAGCUGGGGGAGUUGGUAAAAGCGCAAUGACAAUGCAGUUUAUUAGUCAUCAGUUUCCUGAUUAUCAUGACCCCACUAUUGAAGAUGCUUAUAAGACCCAGGUUAGAAUUGACAAUGAGCCAGCUUAUUUGGACAUUUUGGACACUGCUGGUCAGGCAGAAUUCACAGCCAUGCGGGAGCAGUAUAUGCGAGGUGGAGAGGGAUUCAUCAUCUGUUACUCUGUCACUGACCGCCAGUCAUUCCAGGAAGCUGCCAAGUUUAAAGAGCUCAUUUUUCAAGUCCGCCGCACCUAUGAAAUUCCCUUGGUGCUGGUGGGUAACAAAAUUGACCUAGAACAGUUCCGCCAGGUAUCUACAGAAGAAGGCUUGAGUCUGGCCAGGGAAUAUAACUGUGCUUUUUUUGAGACUUCUGCAGCCCUCAGAUUCUGCAUUGAUGACGCCUUUCACGGUCUAGUGAGGGAAAUCCGCAAGAAAGAGUCCAUGCCAUCCUUGAUGGAAAAGAAACUGAAGAGAAAAGACAGCCUAUGGAAGAAGUUAAAAGGCUCAUUGAAGAAGAAGAAAGAAAGCACGACAUGAUAUCCUUGCUUCUAACUCCCUUAUUCUCUUUCUGAAUUUUAUCAGUUGGACAAUUCCAUGUGUUGCAUUUGGCUUCAAUAUUUUCUGUCUCUCUCUCUCUCCUUCUCUUUAAAUAUCUGCCUAUAGGUAAAAGCAAGAUCUGCAUAACUGUACCUCUUGAGAUAGUUUUGU